AUGGUCAUUCCACCACCUCCACCGCACGUUCGUCCACAAUCAGACAUCGGGGGCCCUCAAAUGGUCAUCCCACCACCUCCACCACACACUCGUCCUGAAUUAGAUGUUAGCAGUUCUCAGAUGGUCAUCCCACCUCCUCCGGUGCAUGUUCGUCCACAGUCAGAUAUCAGUGUAUUGCUAUAUGUUGGUCCACAAUCUGACUUUGGCGGCCUACAAGUGGUUAUUCCACCUCCUCCACCGUACAUUCGUCAACAAUCUGAUUUUGGUGGCCCUCAAAUGGUCAUUUCACCCCCUCCACCACACACUCAUCUUGAAUCGGACGUUGGCGGCCCUCAAAUGAUGAUCCCACCACCUCUGCCACACGUAGAUCCUCAAUCAGAUGUAGGUGGUCCUCAAAUGGUCAUCCCACCUCCUCCACCACAUGUUCAUCCACAAUCUGAUGCCGGUGGCCCUCAAAUGGUCAUCCCACCUCCUCUGCCACAUGUUCGUCCACAGUCUGAUGUCGGCGGCCCUCAAAUGGUCAUCCCAUCUCCUCCGCUGCACAUUCCUCCACUUUCAGACAUCGGUGGCCCUCAAAUGGUCAUCCCACCUCCUCUUCCAUACAUUCGUCCACAAUCAGACAUUGGCGGCCCUCAAAUGGUCAUCCCACCAUCUCCACCGCACAUUCAUCUACAAUCAGAUGUCGGCGGCCCUCAAAUGGUCAUCCCACCUCCUCUUCCAUACAUUCGUCCACAAUCAGACAUUGGCGGCCCUCAAAUGGUCAUCCCACCAUCUCCACCACACAUUCAUCUACAAUUAGACGUCGGUGGCCCUCAAAUGGUCAUCCCACCACCUCCAUCGCACGUUCGUCCACAAUCAGACGUCGGGGGCCCCCAAAUGGUCAUCCCACCAUAUUCGCCGCACGUUCGUCCACAAUUAUAUGUUGGCAGUCCCCAAAUGGGCAUCCCAUCUCCUCCGCUGCAUGUUCGCCCACAUUCAGAUGUCAGUGGCCUCCAAAUGGUCAUCCCACCCCCUCCACCGUGUGUUCACACACAUUCAGAUGUUGGUGGGCCUCAAAUGGUCAUUCCACCACCUCCACCGCAUGUUCAACCACAGUCGGACAUUGGUGGUCCCCAAAUGGUCAUCCCACCUCCUCCGCUGCACGUUCAUCCACAAACAGAUGUUGGUGGUCCUCAGAUGGCCAUCCCACUACCACUACCUCACGCUCGUCCUCAAUCGGAUGUUGGCGGCCCUCAGAUGGUCAUUCCACCACCUCCACCACAUAUUCAUCCCCAAUCGGAUGUUGGUGGCCCUCAAAUGGUCAUCCUGCCACCUCCUUCGCAUGUUCGCCCUCAAUCGGAUGUCGGUGGCCCCCAAAUGGUUAUUCCACCACCUCCUCCACACAUUUCACUCACAAACUAA